AUGGGUUUUCGUUUACCAACCAUCCGACGGGCAUCAGUCAUGGCUAGCCAAGCAGCUUCAAAAUCUGUAGAAGUCCCAAAGGGCUAUCUUGCAGUGUAUGUUGGUGAGAAAAGGAAGCGGUUUGUGAUUCCCUUAUCAUACUUGAACCAACCUUCCUUCCAAGACUUACUGAGUCAAGCUCAGGAAGAGUUUGGUUAUGAGCAUCCCAUGGGUGGCAUCACAAUUCCUUGUGGUGAAGAUGUCUUCCAACAUAUAACAUCCUGCUUGAGUGGACAUUAA